UACAUCAGUGGCUGAAGGGAGCUCCACUCAGGUCUUUCCCAUUUCUUCCUCCUCUUCCCCUUAUUUCUUCUUCCAGUGAAGCUCGAAAGACAGAAACAUCACUCAGAUCUUGCUAGAGUGUUGGAAAUACCGUGCCUUUGUUUUGGAUGAUUUGUACUGAUGUGCCACUUCAAUGGGAUGUACAAAGUGUGACUUGGGUGAUGACCAUUUAGCCAGGACUGAGCUGGUUAACAAAGUUUGCAGGCUGAGCACAAAGACUGGGUGGAAUGGAAGCAGCCGGCCAUGCACUUAUAGGACUCUAGUUUUAAACAAGAGAUCUUUAUGAAGGAGCUUGAAAACCAGACCUAUUGUUCAUCUGAAAAUUAAUUCCUGCCGAUUAACCAUUGGCUUUUAUUUUUUUCCCACCUGAUGCAAUGCAGUGCCUCUCUGUUGGUUUUGUAUAUGUGAUUUGCUAUGCAAUUCAAAUACUAAAUAAGAAGGAGAGACAAACUUUCAUCCCAGGACAAACAGAGAAUCAAAGGUGGAAGGACUGUGAGACCUAAACAAUGUGGAACAAAAUGAGGAGUUGCUCCCUGAAGCUUCCCAUAAACAGAGAACUAAUGUAUUUUGUAGCUGGAAUGCACUGAGGGUGAAAAGGGGAGAAAAAAAGUCUCAUCAGUUAGAGCUACUUGCCACACAGCUUUUGAUGCCUCUUAAUGUGAUUCCUAAGGAGCAUGGGGUCCACCCAAGGGUGAAGAGACUAUACCACAAACCUUCGGUCUACCUGGCAAUGAGUAAUUAAUGGACGCCUGAUGUAUCUGUAGUCUCUGCAAGCAAAGGAGUUGGUGUCAUCAUGAUUUUCAUGAUAUGAUUUUCCCUCAGGAGAAGCUAUGACUUGGAACGACACCACAAUGGACGGGGAAGGGUUGCUCGCGGAAAGGGACUCCUCCUUUCGGAUCCUUACAGGCUGCUUCCUUUCUUUGCUGAUACUUUCCACGCUUCUGGGGAACACAUUGGUGUGUGCUGCUGUCAUUAGAUUUCGCCAUCUGAGGUCAAAGGUGACCAACUUCUUUGUAAUCUCCUUAGCAGUGUCAGAUCUUUUAGUGGCAGUCUUGGUCAUGCCUUGGAAAGCUGUUGCUGAGAUAGCUGGUUUCUGGCCUUUUGGUUCAUUCUGUAACAUCUGGGUGGCAUUUGAUAUUAUGUGCUCCACGGCCUCAAUCUUAAACCUUUGUGUCAUUAGUGUGGACAGAUACUGGGCCAUCUCUAGUCCAUUCAGGUAUGAGAGGAAAAUGACCCCCAAGGCAGCUUUCAUCAUGAUCAGUGUGGCAUGGACCUUGUCUGUAUUGAUUUCCUUCAUUCCUGUGCAGCUGAACUGGCACAAAGCUACAACCACAAGCUUUUUAGAGCUAAAUGCCAGUUUCCAAGGCAUAACCAUGGACAACUGUGAUUCCAGUCUAAACAGGAUGUAUGCCAUCUCCUCUUCUCUAAUUAGCUUUUACAUCCCAGUGGCCAUCAUGAUCGUCACCUAUACAAGGAUAUACAGGAUUGCUCAAAAACAAAUAAGACGCAUCUCAGCUUUGGAAAGAGCAGCAGUGCAUGCUAAGAACUGUCAAAACACCACAGGGAAUGGAAACAGUAUGGAUUGCCAACAACCAGAAAGCUCCUUCAAAAUGUCCUUCAAGAGGGAAACGAAAGUCUUAAAGACUUUGUCAGUGAUCAUGGGGGUGUUUGUAUGCUGCUGGUUACCCUUUUUCAUAUUGAACUGCAUGGUGCCCUUUUGUGAGCCCAGCCCACCAUCCAAGGGAGCAGAACCCUUUUGCAUUAGUUCCACGACCUUUGAUGUUUUUGUUUGGUUUGGAUGGGCUAAUUCCUCACUGAACCCCAUCAUUUAUGCCUUCAAUGCUGAUUUCCGCAAGGCAUUUUCAACUCUGCUAGGAUGCUACAGACUCUGCCCUACUUCCAACAACGCUAUAGAGACCGUUAGUAUCAACAACAAUGGGGCAGUCGUUUUUUCAAGCCAUCAUGAGCCUAGAGGGUCUAGCCCAAAAGAGUGUAACCUGGUGUAUCUGAUCCCACAUGCUAUUAUCUGCCCAGAAGAAGAACUUCUGAAAAAGGAAGAAGAGGGUGAACUAUCUAAGACCUUGGAGAAAAUGUCUCCAGCACUGUCCGGUAUCUUGGAUUAUGAAGCUGACGUGUCUUUGGAAAAGAUCAACCCCAUCACUCAGAAUGGGCAACAUAAAACAUGAACACUGAGGUUAGC